UGUGGUGCGAGUGAGGCAGCAGCCGUUCUCCCUCGCUGCCCGGCUGGGGGGCUGCGGUCCCGGAGCCCCCCUUUCCCCGUCAGGAGUGCUGUUGACAGACAGACCUUCCUCCUCCCUCCCUGCUCCGCACGCAGCCAUCCUCCACUCAAGGCAAACCUUUCCUUCAGCCUCUCUCCUCACGUCCCCGGCUCUCCCCGGCAGCAGGUGGGUGCCCGUCCCUCCGUGCCGGCCAUCCUUUCCCCGCUCCCCCUUCGCCCUCCCCAGCGCCGGAGAGCGAGACGAAAAGUGUCGGAGCGGGGAGCGCAUAGCAACAGGGUCCAGGAUGAAGCAGGUUCGGCAGCAGCAUCUCCGGAAGCCGGUGACACCAGAUCUCCUGGUAAGCCCCAGCAGCCAGGAUGGGGACCUGGGCUCCGAGUGCCCAGAAGACAGAGGGAACUGGACAGGGCGCCUGGAUUUCCUCCUCUCCUGCAUCGGAUACUGCGUGGGCCUUGGAAACGUCUGGAGGUUUCCCUACAGGGCUUACACCAAUGGAGGAGGAGCUUUCUUGGUUCCUUACUUCAUCAUGCUGGCCAUCUGUGGGAUCCCCAUCUUCUUCAUGGAGUUGUCACUUGGCCAGUUCUCCAGCCUAGGGCCACUCGCUGUCUGGAAGAUAAGCCCUCUCUUUAAAGGCGUUGGCAUGGGCACGAUCCUCAUCGUCUCCUUGGUGGCCAUUUACUACAAUAUGAUCAUUGCUUACGUUCUCUUCUACCUCUUUGCAUCCCUCACAAGCGACUUGCCCUGGCAGCACUGCGGCAACUGGUGGAACACCGAGCGGUGCCUGGACCACCACGUCCUCAAGGCGGGGAACAACACCCUCCCCGUCAACAUCAGCAACACCGUCAGCCCCAGCGAGGAGUACUGGAGCCGGUAUGUUCUGCACAUCCAAGGAAGCUCGGGGAUUGGGGAUCCCGGGAGGAUCCGCUGGAAUUUGUGUCUGUGCCUGCUCCUUUCUUGGACUAUUGUUUAUCUGUGCAUCCUUAAGGGAGUCAAAUCCUCUGGCAAGGUCGUGUACUUCACUGCCACCUUCCCAUACCUCAUCCUGCUGAUGCUGCUCAUUCGUGGUGUGACCCUGGAGGGGGCCUGGAAGGGGAUCCAGUUUUACCUCACACCCCAGUUUGAUCACUUGCUGUCUUCUAAGGUGUGGAUCGAGGCAGCCCUGCAGAUUUUCUACUCCCUUGGGGUGGGCUUUGGGGGCCUCCUCACCUUCGCCUCAUACAACACCUUCCAUCAGAAUAUCUACAGGGACACCUUCAUAGUGACCCUGGGCAAUGCCAUCACCAGCAUCCUGGCAGGGUUCGCCAUCUUCUCCGUUUUGGGAUACAUGUCCCAGGAGCUUGGGGUCCCUGUUAACCAAGUGGCAAAAGCAGGUCCUGGUCUGGCAUUUGUGGUGUACCCCCAGGCCAUGACAAUGCUCCCCCUUUCUCCAUUCUGGUCAUUCCUGUUCUUCUUCAUGCUGUUAACCUUGGGGCUGGACAGCCAGUUUGCAUUUAUGGAGACCAUCGUUACGGCAGUGACCGAUGAAUUCCCCUACUACCUGCGGCCAAAGAAAGCUUCCUUCUCAGCCAUCAUCUGCAUUGCCCUCUUCCUGAUGGGGCUCAUCCUCACAACAGAGGGUGGGAUGUACUGGCUGGUCCUACUGGAUGACUACAGUGCUGGCUUUGGUCUCAUGGUGGUGGUGAUCACCACCUGCCUUGUGGUGACACGUGUCUAUGGCAUGAAGAGGUUCUGCCGAGAUAUCCACAUGAUGCUAGGAUUCAAGCCAGGGCCCUACUUCAGAGCUUGCUGGAUGGUCCUAUCCCCGGCAACAAUGAUGGCUCUGCUGGUGUAUAACAUUGUCAAGUACCAGCCUUCCGAGUAUGGCAACUACCGCUUCCCCACCUGGGCAGAGGUCUUGGGCAUCCUCAUGGGAGUCCUCUCCUGCCUGAUGAUUCCCAUGGGCAUGGUGGUGGCUGUGCUCCAAGAGGAAGGGACGCUGUGGGAGCGAGUCCAGCAAGCCAGCCGGCCGGCCAUGGACUGGGGCCCGUCCCUGGAGGAGAACCGCACCGGCGUGUACGUGGCGAGCUUGGCUGGCAGCCAGUCCCCCAAACCCCUGAUGGUCCACAUGAGGAAAUACGGGGGCAUCACCAGCUACGAGAACACGGCCAUCGAGGUGGACCGGGAGAUGGAGGAGGAGGACGAGGAGGAGUCCAUGAUAUGAGGGGACCCAGUGUCCCGUAGGCUGGGUGGGAGCUCACCUCCCGUUUUGCACAGGUUGCACUGCAGCACUUCAUGACAGCUUGGGGGGGGUCUUUCAAGGAGUAGUCAGGACCUGCUGACCCUGCCAGGUUCCUCAUCACCACCCUGGCCCUGCCAGGACAGAGCUGCUGCCCGUCCUGGUGCCCUCCAGGUGUUUCUGUUCAGUGUGACAAACUGUGUGAUGAGUCCAUGUGUUUGUGUGACAGUGUCUGGUUGAAGUAUCAGGGCUGUCCCACCCCCACCUGCAGCCCCAGCCCUGCUGUCCCCUCUCAGGGCUGCAGGAGGUGGCGAGGAGGAGAAGGAGCUCCUGUGUAUUGAUCUGUUCUCUGUUUGUCUGUAUUUGACUCCAAUAACCCAUAAACACAUGUGAGAGAAUCUGUAACAGCCUCCAUGCCCCGAGGACAGUGUGUGCCAGAGUGCUCUCAUCCCACGGAGGUGUUCCAGCAAAACCAGCACAAAUCAAUGUCCUCCUAAAGCAAUUUAACCUAAUAAAUGAGCAGUUAAAAACAAGUGGAAGAAUAAAAGAAAAGGCUUUAUAAACAAACCAGGCUGUAGAUCCCCCAAGGACCUUGGUGGGUCAGGGUGGCUCUUUCCUGUGGUGCCUGGCAGGGUUGGGGUGACUUGAAGGAAGGGAA